AUGAAUAAUACCAGUUGGAAGUUUGAAAACGUGCGCAUCAAGAACAAAACAACUCCGAGCCAACAACUCACUACUGCUUCUACUUCUUCAUCAUCGUCAACAACACAUCAAUACUGCUAUGACGUCUUCCCAAGCUUCUCAGGUAAAGAUGUCCGCAGGACUUUCCUGAGUCAUUUUCUUGAAGGAUUGCAAAGCAAGGGAAUCAAAACGUUCAUAGAUAAUGGGAUCAUGAGGAGCGAGUCUAUCAACUCUGAGCUCGUAAAAGCCAUUAGAGAAUCAAGAAUCUCUGUAGUGAUCCUAUCUGAGAACUACGCUUCCUCGAGCUGGUGUCUAGACGAGUUGCAGCUGAUCAUUGACUGCCGCGUUUCUUUAGGACAGACUCUGAUGCCAGUCUUCUACAAUGUAGAGCCGUCUGAUGUCAGAAAUCAAACAGGAGAUUUCGGGAAGGCCUUUGAGAAAGUUUUUAAUGGGAAGAAAAAAGUUGAGAAAGAGAGAUGGAGACAAGCUUUGACUCAAGUUGCAGCUAUUGCCGGUGAACAUUCUGUUUCAUGGGACAAUGAUGCGGAAAUGAUAGAAAAGAUUGUUGCUGAUGUUUCUGACGAGCUGAAUCGUUGCACACCUUCAAAGGAUUUCGACGGUUUAGUUGGAUUAGAAGCUCAUGUGGCGAAGUUGUGUUCUAUGUUAUGUUUAGAGUCUAAUGAAGUGAGGAUGAUAGGGAUUUGGGGCCCUAUUGGAAUCGGUAAGACCACCAUCGCCAGAGCUUUGUACAGUCAGCUUUCUGCAGCUGAUGAUGAUGAUAACUUUCAGUUAAACAUUUUCAUGGAGAAUAUUAAAGGAAGUUGCAGGAGAAACGAGCUUGAUGGUUAUAGCUUGAAGUUGCAUUUACAAGAAAGAUUUCUCUCUGAAAUUUUCAACCAGAGAGAUAUAAAGAUAAGCCAUUUAGGUGUUGCACAAGAAAGGCUUAAGAAUCAAAAAGCUCUUAUUGUUCUUGAUGAUGUAGAUGAAUUACAACAACUACAUGCAUUGGCAGAUCAAACUCAAUGGUUUGGUAAUGGAACCAGGAUUAUUGUGACUACAGAAGAUAAACAGCUUUUGAAAGCUCAUGGGAUUAAUCAUGUCUAUGAAGUGGGUUUUCCAUCUAAGGAUGAAGCCAUCAAGAUAUUGUGUAGAUAUGCUUUUGGGCAAAACUCAGCACCAGAAGGAUUCUAUGAUCUAGCUGUUGAAUUUUCUCAACUUUCUGGAAACCUUCCUCUAAGUCUCAGCGUUUUAGGUGCAUCUUUGCGAGGGAUGAGCAAGGAGGAGUGGACUAAAGCACUACCGAGGUUUAGAACAAGUCUAAAUGGGAAAAUUGAAAAAGUAUUUGGAGUCUGUUAUGAUAGUUUAGAUGAGAAAGAUAGGCUCAUCUUUCUUCAUAUUGCAUGCUUGUUCAACGGCGAGAAGGUAGAACGUGUGAUCCAGUUUCUUGCUAAGAGUGAACUGGAAGUAGAGUUUGGACUUAAAGUCCUUGUUGACAGAUCUCUUCUACAUAUCUGUGAUGAUGGGAAUAUAGUGAUGCAUUGUUUGCUACAACAAAUGGGCAAAGAAAUCAUUAGAGGACAAUGUAUAGAUGAGCCUGGAAAACGUAAGUUCCUAGUCGAUGCCAAGGAGAUCUCAGAUGUUCUUGUAGAUGCAACUGGUACAGAAACUGUAUUAGGCAUAUCACUAGAUAUGUCUAAACUCAAUGAUGAUGUGUGUACAAGUGAAAAAGCAUUUGAUAGAAUGCAUAAUCUUCAAUUAUUGAGGCUGUACACGAACUUUCAAGAUGAAUCAUUCAAGUUGUGUUUACCUCACGGCUUAGACCGUCUACCUCAUAAACUAAGGUUACUACAUUGGGACUCGUAUCCGAUAAAAUGUAUGCCUUCAAGGUUUCGUCCUGAGUUUCUCGUGGAACUUAGCAUGAGAGACAGCAAGCUAGAGAAGCUUUGGGAAGGUAUCCAGCCGUUAACAAGUCUCAAACAAAUGGAUUUGAGUGCGUCUACGAAGAUUAAAGAUAUUCCAAAUCUCUCAAAAGCAACAAAUCUUGAGAAUUUGUAUCUUAGAUUCUGCAAAGGUUUGGCCAGUGUUCCGUCUUCUCUCCAAAACCUUAAUAAACUCAAAGUAUUGGACAUGUCUUCUUGCGUAAGACUAAACGCUCUUCCGACAAACAUGAACUUGGAAUCUCUCAGUGUCCUUAACAUGAAAGGAUGCUCGAAGUUGAGGAUCUUUCCAGAGAUCUCAAGUCAAGUAAAGUUCAUGUCGGUUGGGGAAACAGCCAUAGAGGAAGUGCCUUUGUCUAUUAGUCUCUGGCCUCAGCUUAUUUCGUUGGAAAUGUCAGGAUGUAAGAAACUAAAGACAUUCCCAAAGCUCCCAGCAAGUGUAGAGGUAUUGGAUUUGAGCAGUACAGGAAUAGAAGAGAUUCCUUGGUGGAUCGAGAACGCAUCUCAGCUUCUUAUAAUGUGCAUGGCUAAUUGUAAGAAGCUGAAAUGUGUACCACCAAGCAUCUAUCAGCUGAAACAUCUUGAAGAUGUCGAUUUAUCUGGCUGCUCUGAACUUCGCCCCGUGCUUUCUUCCAGAGUCUUUGAGAAAUGCAGGAAAAGAAACAACAAAAAGAACAGUAACGGCUCGAGGAAGAAGAAUAUUAACAUGGAUGAAAGAUCUCUGCUCUUUUCAGUGACAGGGUCUUCUGAGACCAGAAUCUAG